AUGGUUGCCGAAGUAGGAGCCGAAAAAGCCAAAGCCGGAGCCAAAAAGUUUAAAAACUUUAACGAAGCAAUCGAGCAAAAAGCCCGCGAAACCAAAAUAGAGUAUCAACAGGCUAUCCGCAAAGAAGAAUUUCGCCAAAUCAACCAAGAGAUUAUUGAUGGUUCCGAAAACUAUAACCCGCAAUUAGUGGAAAGAACUGAUACAGAAUUGAUGGAUUGA